AUGAACGAUGCGGCCGGCAAAGACGGACUCAACGGCAUGAGCGACGCUGCUGGCGUGAUCGAGCUAUGGGGCGUCCCACAGCCACUACAAGGGCUCACAGGUGAUGACCGAGUUUAUCUUCAGCAGUUUUCUCUCCCAAGAGGUGAGGGUUAUUACGCUGGCAAGCUGCUUGUACCAACAGAAAAGGGAGUCCCCGAGAGCGAAGUAGACCUUGAUGUCCGUGCACCCAAAUGGAAACGGAUGCAGUUGCUACCUUUCCGGAAGAAUGUAUACCAGGAACAUUUCGCGACAGCCCGGCGUUCCCCCGUGGACGUGGAUGUCUAUCGGAAGGCCAAGGGGAUCGCUGUCGAGGGCCGCGCCGUGCCGAAGCCCGUUCUACGGCUAUACGAAGCCAAGUUUCCUAACUGCAUGCUAGAGGGCAUUGAAGCGGGAAAGUAUGGCCCACCAACCGACGUCCAGGCCCAGUGCUGGCCCAUUGCUCUCAAGGGCAGGGACUUUAUGGCCACGGUACUCAAUGAAGCCGCAGGCAAGACGCUUGCAUACCUCCUUCCAGCCAUCCGUGCACGUCAAGCACCAGCCACCUUUACAGCCCUGGUGAUGGUCCCAUCGUGCUCGUGCUCGUGGCGACGCCGGAGUUGGCCCGACAGACCUACGAGGUGA